AUGGCAAGAAAAACUUGGUUGAAAACUCAAGGAAACAGGCAUGGAAAUGGCAAUGGAAGACCACGAGGACCAUCUUCGGAUUCUCAAGCGCUGAAAACUCGUUCGAUGGACGAAGUUCUGGGUGUAGAGGCAUUGGAUUUUGGUGUUGAGAAUGAAGUCUUCACUCCAGAAUCUGGGUUGCGACAUCUUCAAAUUCGAUCAGAAGUAAGGCAUUCAUUCAAUGAAUUUAUGGAAGUCAUCCAUGGUUCAGCAAGCCAGGUGAAUACAGGUAUUUCUCGAUCUAAUUUGGGCAUUGGUAUGGUUUCAAUACCCAUUUUACAACAAAUUGAUGAUGCUGCUAAAUCUGAUAAUCAUAGUGAUAAUCAUAGUGAAUCAAAUGUUGAUCAUAAUGAUGCGAUUCCAUCAAUAGUGAAUUCAGUUCAGAUUGAAAUAGAUGAUAUACAGGAUGAGAUCGAUUUCUGGAAUUCUGCUGUUGUUUGUUAUGUAGUGGGUGCAAACCCUCCUGUUCAUGUGAUGGAAGGAUAUUUUAGGAGAAUAUGGAGGAAUCUUAAGGUGGAUAAAGUAGUCAUGGUGAAGAAAGGACUCUUUCUGGUACGAUUUAUGACAAUGGAGGCAAGGGAUAAAGUGCUAACUGGUCAUUACUUCUUUGAUAAGAAGUCCCUAAUUGUUAGACCCUGGUCUGUUGAUAUGGACAUGGAAAAGGAAGAAGUACAGGUUAUCCCUAUUUGGAUUCAAUUGAGAUUGAAUUUCAAGUAUUGGGGUGAAAAAGCUCUGUUUAAAAUAGUGGGGAAAAUAGGCAGACCAGUUAAGAGAGAUUCAGCCACCAUUAAUAGGGAUAAAUUGCAUUUUGCUAGAGUUAUGGUGGAGGUGCCAAUGAACCAGAAACUACCUGAGACUGUAUCUUUUGUGAAUGAGCAUGGCAUGAUGACUCGGGUAGAUUUGAGAUAUGAAUGGAGGCCAACACUAUGUGAUAAAUGUCAGUUGAUUGGGCAUACUGAAUCAGAAUGCAGACAGAAUAAAACUAAGAAAGUGUGGGUGCAGAAACAGGUACAACCUGUACAUCAAGUGAGAUCCCAAGUGGUGGAAGUGGAUCAAGAGGGGUUUCAGAGGGCACUUAGACCAAUAAGGGUGAGAGUUUCCUCUGUGGAACCUACCCAAACUGCAAAUCCAUUCCAAUUACUUCAUGAUGAGCAGCAGGAGCAAGCUUCUCCACAGAUGCAGGACAGUUCUGGUGAUCAUAUGUGUGUGAGUGAACAGAAGCAGGGUGAAGUGUGUAGAUUCAUUCAGCAGCAUGGGAUUGGAUUGGUUGGUCUCCUUGAGCACAAGGUAAAGUUGCCAAAUCUGGGUAAGCUUUAUCAGAAGAUUUUCUCUGGUUGGUGUUUCACUAGUAACUCGAGCUUCCAUCCCGGAGGUAGAAUAAUUGUGGCUUGGAAUCCUGGCAGUUUUACUGUCAGUAUUUUAUUUGUUACAGCUCAGCAUAUUCACUGUCAUGUUACUCCCAUGAGUGGUAUGCCAGGCUUCUUUUGCACUUUUGUGUAUGCUUUCAAUGAUAGUAAGCAGAUAGAGAUUUUAUGGAGAGAUUUGAGGGUCCUGAAUACUCAGGAAGCUUGGAUUCUAUGUGGAGACUUUAACUGUGUUAUGAACACAGAGGAGAGGAUUGGUUCUACUGUUAGACAAUCUGAAAUUGUUGACAUAAAUUCUUGUAUGCAUAGCUGUGGUAUGGAAGACAUCAAAGUAGUGGUCAUUUCUUUACCUGGAACAAUAAACAGGAAGGAGCUAAUAGGGUUUUUUCUAAGUUGGAUAGGGUUCUUGCCAACACUAAGUGGCAUGAUUCUUAGGCCCUGUUCUUUUGAUCACUCUCCUGGAUUGAUCACUGUCUAUCCUAAGAAUAAUGGAGGGAAAAAACCUUUCAAGUACUUCACUAUGUGGAAAAGUGCUCCAAAUUUUAGUGAGAUUGUUAAAACUCAAUGGGAUAGACCUAUCUUUGGAAGUAAAAUGUUUGUAUUGGUGUCCAAGUUGAAGACAGUGAAGCUUGCUUUGAAAGAGCUUAAUAAGACUGGUUUCUCUGAUGUGCAUGCAGCAGAUUUGAAGGCUUAUUAUGAUUUAUUAGCUGCUCAGGAAGCUAUUCAUCUCCAUCCUGCUAAUCAUUCACUAGCUAAUGAAGAGUUAGAUGCUAUCAAGAAUUAUAAACAUAAACAUCAGGUUUAUUUGGAUUUUCUGAGGCAAAAAUCUAAAGUUGAGUGGAUUAAGAAUGGGGAUGAGAAUACUGCUUUGAUUCAUCAAAGUAUAAAAAGAAGAAAUCUGCAGAAUCAAGUGUACAGUAUUCAUGAUAAGAAUGGAGUUUGGAGAGACAAUCCAACUGAAGUUACUGAUGCUUUCUUGGAGUAUUAUGGAUGUUUGUUGGGAGGAGAUGUUACUCAAAGAGCUGAGGUUCUUUCUCAUAUUGUUCAAACUGGUCCUCUGGUUACAGAUAAUCACAGAGCUAUUCUAAAUGCUCCUUAUACUAGAGAAGAAGUGAAGAAUGCUUUAUGGUCUAUACCUGGUGUUAAAGCACCAGGGCCAGAUGGCUUUGGCUCCUUCUUUUAUACAGAUGCAUGGCACAUAGUGGGUGAUGAUGUGAUUGCUGCUGUUUUAGAUGUGCUGCAAAGUGGUAAACUUUUGAAAGAGCUUAAUCAUACUGUAUUAUGUGGGAGAUUGAGAAAGAUUCUGCCUGAUCUCAUCCUGGAGAAUCGGGGUGGUUUUGUACAUGGGAGGUAUAUUGUCCACAAUAUCAUGGUGAUCCAGGAUUUAGUUAAGCAGUAUGGUAGGAAAUCAGUGAAGCCUAGCUAUUUGAUGAAAAAAUAUCAUGAUUGUAAUGGAGUGUGUUACUACUCCAAUGUUUUCCUUGAUGGUGAAUGGCUCAAUGCAAGGCUUUUUCAAAUCCAAGAGAGGUCUGAGACAAGCAAAGGUGACUAUCCUUCCAUUUAUCUCCUGUUGCAAGCUUUUAAAUUGUUCUCCACAACUUCUGGUUUGUCUGCUAACAUUCAAAAGUCCUCUGUGUAUUGUCAUGGUAUGCCUGAAUCUGAUGUAGCUAGAGUGAUUGCUGCUUCUGGUUUCACUAGAAGUACUUUACCCUUUAAGUAUAUGGGAGUUCCAAUCUGUUCAAAGAAAAUUACUGCAGCUCAAUGUGAGAUGUUGGUGGACAAAAUGACUGCUAGAAUCAAAGUGUGGAGUUCUAGAAAUCUCUCUUAUACAGCUAGGAUGCAGUUGAUCAAUGUUGUUUUACUUAGUAUUCAUAUAUAUUUCUUAUGGAGUGGACAGGCUUAUAGCUCUAAGCCAAGUUACAUAGCUUGGGAGCAGACUUGCUGUGAUAAGAAUCAAGGUGGUCUUGGUUUUAAGAAUGUGGUGGUGUGGAAUGUGGCUAACCUGGGGAAGUAUGUUUGGGCUGUAGCCAAUAAACAAGAUAAUAUCUGGAUAAAAUGGAUCAACUCAGUCUAUGUUAAUGAUGGGGAUUGGUGGGAUUUUGUCCCCACCAGUUCUUCCAGUUGGUACUGGAAGAAAAUCUGUGAUACUAAGGAAAAGAUUAAGCAGGUGUUUACUGCUACUGAGUUCUGCAAUAUGCCUAAGUAUUAUGUGAAAAUGGUGUACAAUAAACUCAAUGCUUCCAAGCCUAUGGUUCACUAG